CCACCCAAAAAUGCAAGUCUUGAAAAUGACACUUCACCUCACCAUAAACAAAAAGAGGAGCAACUAAUAUCUAAUUCUUGAUUCGGUCACUAAUCAAUCUUAUACUCUUAAUAAUCAAUUACGAAGUAUAAACUAAUAACAACAUUUCCUGUUUCCUUAAUCUCCUUUUAAUCCUCAAAGAAGUCAUAUUAGUCAUCCUUCUAAACUCCCAAAAGUCUCCCUUUUCCUUUCAAUCAAGCUUGCUCUUAUGUACCUGCUACCGGUGCUGAUGCCAAUAAUCACCGGAUUCUACGCUAUAAAAUGGAGCUUCUAACACCAUUCCCCUUGCCUGACCCAACCGUUGACCGGUACUCCCGGUUUUCCUCCUCACCUUCUUUCUCAAUGGCGAGUUACGGCGCUGAGUUGGAACGGCAACCGAGUCGGACCGAGUUGAGCUCGAGUUUGACGAACAUCGAAGAAGAUGGAACGAGGAGAGAGAAAGUGUAUGUUGCUGUUGGAAGGUCGGAGGAGAAGACCGUUUCUUUGCUUCGAUGGACGUUUCGUACUUUCCGAAACUCUGAUAUUUGCCUUGUUCAUGUUCAUCAACCUUCUCCUUACAUCCCUACUCUCUUGGGAAAAUUACCAGCAACUCAAGCAAAUGCAGUAGUGGUGACUGCAUACAGGAAUGAGGAGAGGGGAAAAAUGGAGAAACUUAUCCGUGCUUACUUGGACUUUUGCUAUAGAGCCAAGGUAAGAGCAAGCAGUAUUAUCACCGAAGAUGAGCAAGUUCAUAAGGGACUCAUGGGUCUGGUCAUGAAACAUGGCAUGCAGAAGCUCGUUAUGGGUUGCGUGAAGGUGAAAAAGCAUUCUCCUAAAGCAACUUAUGCUGCCAAUAGUGCUCCAGCAUUUUGCGAGAUGUGGUUUAUCCAUAAAGGGAAGCAUGUAUGGACAAAAGAAGCAUUUGAGAAAGUUACAACUUGUCAGACAGAUGGUUUAAGGUCAAAAUCUUUACCAUAUGAGAAUAGUGAUUGUGUAUACAAUCCAGUUGAUCGCUGUGGUAGUUCUUCUCGCCUAAGCAUGCAAUGCUCUGAGAUGAAAGAUUUGAAUCAGAAUGAUCCCUCUGAUGAAGAUUUGUUAUUACCUAGUUCAGAAAACACUUUGAACCCUGGAUAUGUUCGAAGCUCAACCGGCAAUGAUUCUGGAUCAAGUACAUCCAUGGAAAAAAAGGUUUCCUGUGAUUCUGGCUUCAAAUUGGAGGAUGAUCAUUUAUAUGGUCAGCUGUUGGAAGCAAAAGCAGAGGUUGAAACUUCAAAAAAUGAAGCAUGCUUAGAAAUAUUGAAGCGCGAGGAACUGGAAGCUGAAGCAUUGAAGGCUAUGAGGAAGGUGAAGGACUUUGAAUCAGUUCAAACUCGUGAAGCUGAACUUAGGGAGGAAGCUGAAGAUUCUCUAAGAAGCUUGAUGGAUGAACAACAAAGGUUGUUAGAGGAAAGACUAGAAGUUACAGGAGAGCUCCAGAAGACUAUGAGGAAUGUAGCUGUUUUUGAUAGUCGUGUCCAGGAGGCCAACCGCCGUUGUGAUGAGGCAGCAGGGGAGUUGAAACUUGUCCAAGUUUGUAUUGCAAGUUUACGUCAAGAAAAACAAAAGAUUGAAAGACAGAAAAUAGAAGCUGAACGUUGGCUUGAGAAGUGGAGAAGUCGCAGGCGUACGGGUGGUUCGAACGGUCAUGGAUAUGGGGGCCUUCUGGAUGACGUGCCAGAGUUGGUGGAAUUUUCUCUACUGGAUCUGCAAACUGCGACAUGCAAUUUUUCAGAUAGCUUUAAGCUAGUUGAAGGGGGAUAUGGUUGCAUCUACAAGGGAGAACUGCUGAGUAAAACUGUUGCCAUACAAAGGUUCCAUGCACACAACAUCCAAGGCCCAUCACAAUUUCAGAAACAGGUUCAGGCUCUCGGCAAGCUACGACACCCUCAUUUGGUGACUUUAAUUGGUGUAUGUCCAGAGGCCUGGUCUCUUGUAUAUGAUUUUGUACCCAAUGGGCUUCUCCAAUGGCGUCUCUUUCAGAAAAACAACAUUACACCUCUUUCAUGGAAGCUCCGAGCUAGAAUUAUCUCUCAGAUUUCAACUGCCCUUUUAUUUCUUCAUACCUCGCAUCCGGAAAAGAUAAUCCAUGGUGACCUGAAACUCGAAAGCAUCCUUCUAGAUUCUGAUCUACACUGCAAAAUUGGUGAUUUUGGUUUCUCCAAGUUACUGUCACAUGAUAACCUGAGUUCCUCUAGCUAUAGCCAUUAUCCUGAUCCCCAGGGCGCCUACCCAUAUAGAGACCCAGAAUUUCAUAGAACAGGCAAAUUGUCAACGAAAUCCGAUUUAUACUCAUUUGGCGUCAUUAUAUUGCAGCUACUAACUGGACAGCCUCCAGUAGGAUUGGUAACACGCAUCCGUAGAGCAGUUUCCAGUGGAAAGUUAGAUUCAAUCCUGGAUUCAUCUGCAGGGGAAUGGGGACCAUUUGUGGCAGAAAAAUUGACUGAUGUGGCUUUGAGAUUCUGUGAACAGAAUAGUCGGGUUAGGCCAGAGCUGACACCCUCUCUGGUGAAAGAGCUUCAACAGCUCCAUGCCUCAAAAGAGCGGAUGGUGCCAUCUUUCUUUCUUUGCCCAAUCCUUCAGGAAAUCAUGUGCGACCCUCAAGUAGCAGCUGAUGGGUUUACCUAUGAGGGAGAGGCCAUUCGUGAGUGGUUAGAAAAUGGUCGAGAAACUUCUCCUAUGACCAAUUUGAGAUUGGAUCAUCUGCAUCUUACUCCAAAUAAUUCUUUGAGACUAGCUGCUCAAGAAUGGAUGUGCAAAUAUUGAUUGUUCACAUGUGCGUGCAAUUAAUCUAUGUUAAUAACCCUGUACAGUUGUAUUACUAACGACUUAACUAGGUAUUGCUUCCAGAGUUGUAGAUGGUGCAAUCAUACAUGUCCCUGUAUCUGAAAGUUUUGCCUCUGACGAGCAACCAGGAGAAUGUAAGAAUAGGGAGUAAGAAGUUGUGUGUUCCUUUGUUGUGUAAAACCAAGAAAUCUAAAGUUAGAUUGAGUAUAUAUUGUAUUACUGUCUAUAGGAUAAACACUAUUUAUUGACAAUUUAUACCGAGUGCCAUUUCUUUUGCAGGGUAAAUUUGUUGUACUUUGUAUACUGUAUGUGCAAUACAAUAUACUAGCAUUAUCUUAA